UAGACCAAAGUAACAAAAAGAUAGUCAUUAGUUAUUGACACUUAAUGUAAAAAUGGAUAAUUGGCAAUUGACAUAUUUUUUGUUAAUAAUUUCCAGUUUGAUAUUUAUUGAAGCAAUUCAAUACAAAUAUUCGGAUGACGAAGAAAUAAACCAUCUUGAAAACUCUAUGAGAAAAGAUAAUGAUAAUGUUAAUUUGGAAAUUUUAAAAUUAGAUUGUAAAAAUGGAUACAAAUUGAACAAAGAUAUAACAAUGUAUGCUGCUAUUAAUGGGUACAUAGAAUGUUUAAAAUAUGCUUAUGAAAAUGGCUGUCCAUGGGAUGAGAGCACAACAGAAGGAGCUGCUUCUGAGGGUCAUUUAGAUUGCUUAAAAUAUGCUUAUGAAAAUGGCUGUCCAUGGAAUGAAAGAACAACAAAAGCAGCUACAUCUUAUGGUCAUUUAAAAUGCUUAAUAUAUGCUCAUGAAAAUGGCUGUCCAUGGGAUGAAAGCACAACAAUAGCCGCUGCUUCUAAGGGUCAUUUAGAUUGCUUAAAAUAUGCUCAUGAUAAUGAAUGUCCAUGGGAUGAAAGAACAACAGUAGCCGCUGCUUCUCAUGGUCAUUUAGAUUGCUUAAAAUAUGCACAUGAAAAUGAUUGUCCAUGGGAUGAAAGCACUACAGAAACAGCUGCUUCUAUUGGUAAUUUGGAAUGCUUAAAAUAUGCAUAUGAAAAUGGUUGUCCAUGGGAUGAAUUAACAACAAUAAUAGUUGCGCAAAAUGGAAAUAUAGAAAUAUUAAAAUACGCAUAUGAAAAUGGUUGUCCAUGGGAUGAAAGAACAACAGAAGCAGCUGCUUCUAGUGGUAAUUUAGAAUGCUUAAAAUAUGCUCAUGAAAAUGGGUGUCCAUGGGAUGAAAUGAUAACAAUAAUAGCUGCAGAAAAUGGAUAUAUAGACAUUUUAAAAUAUGCACAUGAAAAUGAAAGUCCGUGGGAUGAAAGAACAACAGAAGCAGCUGCUUUUAGGGGUAAUUUAGAAUGCUUAAAAUAUUGUCAUGAUAAUGGUUGUAAAUGGGAUGAAGGUACAACAAUAAAAGUUGCAUUUAAAGGGAAUUUAGAAGUUUUUAAAUAUGCACAUGAAAAUGGAUGUCCAUGGGAUGAAAGAACAACAGAAUCAGCUGUUUAUAGUCGUAAUUUAAAAUGCUUAAAAUAUGCUCAUGAAAAUGGUUGUCCAUGGGAUGAGAGAACUACAACAAAAGCUGCAUAUAUACGGAAUUUAGAAAUUUUAAAAUACGCACAUGAAAAUGAAUGUCCGUGGGAUGAAAGAACAACAGAAGCAGCUGCUUCUAGUGGUAAUUUAGAAUGCUUAAAAUAUGCUCAUGAAAAUGGUUGUCCAUGGGAUGAGAGAACUACAAUAGAAGCUGCACAAAAAUGGAAUUUAGAAAUUUUAAAAUACGCACAUGAAAAUGGAUGUCCCUGGGAUGAAAGAACAACAGAAGCAGCUGCUUUUAGUUGUAAUUUAAAAUCCUUAAAAUAUGCUCAUGAAAAUGGGUGUCCAUGGGAUGAGAGAACUACAAUAAUAGCUGCACAAGAAGGGAAUUUGGAUAUUUUAAAAUACGCACAUGAAAAUGGAUGUCCGUGGAAUGAAAGAACAACAGAAGCAGCUGCUUCUAGUGGUAUUUUAAAAUCCUUAGAAUAUGCUCACGAAAAUGGAUGUGUGUGGAAAGAAGACAUAACUGUAGUUGCUGCAGCAAAUAAUUCUUUUAAUUGUUUAAAAUAUGCACACGAAAAUGGUUGUAAAUGGGAUGCAAAAAUAACAAUAUUAGCUGCCCAGAAUAAUAAUAUAAAUAUUUUAAAAUAUGCACAUGUUAAUGGAUGUCCUUGGGCUGAAGAUACAAUAGCUGCAGCAGCUGUGCUUGGUAAUCUAGAUUGCCUAAAAUAUGCUCAUGAACAUGGGUGUAGUUGGGUUGAAGGUACGAUGAGAGGCGCUGCAUCGAAUGGACAUUUAGACUGCUUACAGUAUGCUCAUGAAAAUGGGUGUGAGUGGGACGAAGGCACAACAAGAGAAGCUGCUGCUGGUGGUAAUAUUAACUGUUUGAUAUAUGCACAUGAAAAUGGAUGUAAAUGGGAUGAAGGAACAAAGAGUGGAGCUGCUGCAAAUGGCCAUUUAAUCUGCCUAAAAUUUGUUCACCAAAAUAAAUGCCAAUGGGAUGAAAGCACAACAAGACUUGCUGCUGCAAAUGGUCAAUUUCGUUGCUUAAAAUAUGCCCAUGAAAAUAAUUGUCCAUGGAGUAGAGACACCAUUCUAAAAGCAACUGAAAAUGGUUAUACUAAUAUAAUCUACUAUGCUGCUAAAAAUGACUGUCUUAAUUAGUUUUCUGUUGAAAUAUGUUUUUUUGUAUAUUCAUUUAAGUUGACUAUUUACAUUAUAAUUUUAAUAAAUUGUCUUAAGCUUUGAUUCGUAACUGAAAUUAUAUUGUUUCAAUAUUAAGCAUUCUAUAAUAUUAUACUUACUUGAAAUAUUUUAUUUGAAAGUAUAAACAAAUUCCAUUGUGUCA